AUGUGUCGUAAAGAUGUUGCAUGGAUGUUUCAACAAUGGGAUGGUAAUAAUGAUGGAGAAUUAAGCAUGAAAGAAUUAGCUCCAUUAGAGGCUGAUUCAAAUGAAAAAUGCCUAAAAGCAUAUAUUGAUCGUUGUGAAAAUUGUAGCAAAUGUGUUGUAUGA